GCUCCGCUGGACUCAGUACUUUUAUGCUCGUACGGUCUUGUGUUGACGAGGUGUACGGGUCACAUGAGGAGGUGGAGAGAAGGAGAGGCUCAAAUAGAAGAAAAUAGGCUUUUUGACAGCUAGCCCGAAGCUAACAGGGGCAGAGGAAACGCAGCAGGAAGAGCGACUUAUAUUCGACCAGGAGGAGCAGAAAGGGCCCAGCUGUUGUGAGGAAUCUACUGUAAGACUCGACCCUUACCAUGGAGUAAAUACUGAGGAAAACUUGGUGCAUUCUUGAAGAUAUCUGCCAUUACCGGUGGAAAGGACACGUUGUCAGAAAGUUGGACAACAUGGUGUUAUGGUCUGAUCCUGUACAAAUGCAGAUUAGCUCAUGACUGGGAAAGAAUGAAGUAAUUCUAGUGGAUUGUACUGCCUUUUGGUUGGAGGAGGAGGGUGCCACUUUGCUGGUGCCAUGGCAUCCAAGGAGAGAUUGUACGAGGUGUGGAUGCUAUACUCCACUAAGAGGGAUCCAGACUACUUGAAGUUAUGGCUGGAGAUUUUCGUCAGCUCCUACGAAAGAUGCCUGAAUGUGGAUUUCGAAAAGGCACCAACCAGGCCAGAGGAGCUGCCCCCAGUGCUGACCUUGCUCCCAGACAACAUCCUUCAGGUUUUACGUCACCAGCUGCUUCAGUGCGUCCAAAAGGCUUCAGACGGUCUGGAGCCAGAGCAGCAGAACCUCGCUCUGCUCCUCCUCAAGUUCCUCAUCCUCGUGUGCAGGAAUUUGUCCAAUGUGGAGGAGAUCGGCACCUGCUCCUACAUCAAUCACAUUAUCAACAUGACCACCCUUUACAUUCAGCAGUUGAAAAGUAAGACCAAAGAGAAGGAAAUGGUGGACCAGAGCCAGGCUGAAGAGUUUGUCCGUCACGCUUUGGCUUUCUGUGAGAGUCUGUACGACCCAUAUCACAACUGGAGGCACCGGACCAGCGGGGAGCAGGUUGGGACGGUGGAGCGGAGCAGACAGAAGUACAAGGCAGCACCUCUCACUGUGGAGUUUGUUCCUUUCUUUUAUCAGUGCUUCCAGGAGAGUGAGCAUCUGAAGGAGAGUUUAAAGUGCUGUUUGCUUCACCUCUUUGGGGCCAUAGUAGCAGGAGAUCAGAGAAACGCACUGCUCGCCAUCUCCCCAGCCACUAUGGAGGUCCUGAUGCGCGUGCUGGGGGACUGCUCGCUCGGCAGCUGCCCCACGGACGAAGGCGAGGACUGGGACAGCGAGGCACCGGACCGAAAGGCCCUGCUGACUCUGGGCUGUCUGCGGGAGGUGGUACAGCGCCUCCUAGCGUCCAGCUCGGAUCAGCGCCAAGUGGAGAUCGCGUCCGUUUUGGAGAAUUAUUUCAAGUUGCUAAAUUCGGAUCCGGCUGCAGUUGUGGCUUCGAAACAGCAGCAGCAGCAAAAACAGGGGAAGGGAAAACUACCAACGCUGGGGAGACACUGGGAGAGCAGAUUUGUAGCACUUCAAGUUCAUAUGUUAGACACUAUCAGAGACAUGUUCCUGUGCUCGGAUCGUCCCGUUCUACAGGCCAUCUUCCUCAACAGUAACUGCUUUGAGCAUCUCACCAGACUCCUACAAAACAGCAAGCUCAUAAAUGCUAGGAGCACCACCGCCGACAAGGACCAGAAAGAUAUAACGAACACCAUGUUACUGUCAGGAGAGAGGGACACCCAGGUGUUUCAGGGAAGACUGGACUCACUCGCGGUUGCAACUAUUAAGGCGUUAACGACAGUAAUGCACAAAUCACCAGCCGCAAAGGAGGUGUUCAAGGAGAGGAUAGGCUAUAAUCAUUUAUUUGAAAUCCUGAUCUCUCUGGGGCAGCCGUCACGCCACCUCCUCAAAGAGCUCAUGAACAUGGCGGUGGAAGGAGAGCACACUUCAGUCGGUCUCUUGGGCAUCAGUAACGUGGACCCUCUCCUCCUCCUCGUCCAGUGGCUUCCCGAACUCGACUCUUGUGAACUCCAGCUCUUCACCGCCGAUUGGGUCAGACGCCUCAGCUGCUUAAACCGCCAAACCCGAGCCACCUGUGUCAACGCCUCCAUGGUCAAACGCGCUCUAUCUGCUCUCAAACGCCACCAGAGACUACACAGAUCAUGCGGCGAGAGUUUACUGGGACUACUGGGGUCUUUGGGGUCUCAGUCUCUAAGUACACACGAACUAUUGGAGUUUUUAAGGCUUUUACGACCGCCAGACUCAACGCAAGCACAUCCGUAUGUAGGACCAGCGCUGAAAGCUCUUCUGACCAUGGUACGGAAGCAGGGGUUGGAAAGUGCAAUGCAGUAUUUCGAUUUGUCCCACGCUAUGGCCGGGAUUUCGGUGCCAACGGUGCAGAGGUGGCCCGGGUCUGCGUUCAGUUUUCUGGCCUGGCUUUCUCUGGACCAGGAGCAACUCGGACCCACCAGUAAAGACAAGCGGAAACAGCUCUACAGUUUCUUCUCCGCGGGGGGCACUGGGUUUGAGGCCUUCAUCUCGGCAGCGGGGGUCCUGGUGGUGGCCGUCUGCACCAAAAAGGAGUAUGUGACUGUGAUGCUUCCUGACUACUGCUUCUGUGACUCGCUAUGGCACAGUAUUGGUGUGGUGCAUGUACCCGGAAAGAGGCCGUUUGGACAGAGUCUGGUUUACAUUUACGUGGAUGGACAACAAAAACUGUCUGCGCCGCUCAAGUAUCCCACCAUGACUGAGCCUUUCACUUCCUGUUGCAUCGGUUCAGCGGGACACCGGACCACCACGCCCCCUCCCUCCCAGAUCCCAGACCCGCCCUUCUCCUCCGCCUCCACCCCCACCACGCGCUCCUCUCUGGGGGGCAUCCUGUCUCCGCACACCUGGGGCGGUUUGCUCGGGGGCAAACCUGAGUCUGUGACCAAACUGAUCUCGGCUGGGACACAGGACAGCGAGUGGGGCAGUCCAACCUCACUACAGGGGCAACUGGGGAGCGUGAUGGUGUUUCAUGAGCCUCUGCAGCCAAAUCACAUUAAAGCCAUCUGCAGUGCGGGUCCUAACUGCAUAUCUCCACUCAAAGCCCAGGAAUCUGAAAUUGGGGACCUUACAACUAAACUACUGCUUUACUAUUCGCCAAAGGCAUGUAAGAGCCCCAUCUGUCUGGAUCUUUCGCCCAACACACUGCACGGUCGUCUGACUGGGAACAAAGUGGUCAACUGGGAUAUUAAGGAUGUGAUAAACUGUGUGGGCGGUCUCCCGGUGCUGUUUCCCGUUCUGGAGCAGUUGGCCCUGGUCACUCCGGAUCCACAGACCUCAGAUCCCGGCUCCGGGUCUUCAGACUUCAUCACUCCAGACGUCUCCACACCUGCCGAGGGGGACUGGGUCAUUCUGCCGUCCACCCGAGCUUCAGAGUCAAGACUGGAGAAGAACUUGGUGGCCACUUUUCUGUUGGUCCUGAAACAUUUUCUCCAAAGACAUCCCAUAAACCAGGAGACUCUGCUCCACACACACGGAGUCAGCACUUUAGGAGCUCUUCUGCAAAAGCUCCCUGUGGGUCAUGUAGAUGUCAGUGUUCUGGUGGCCAUGCAGCUCCUGAUCGAGCAGGUGACAUGUGAGAAGAACCAGGCUCUGCUCCAACAGCUCCACUCACAUCUGCUCUUCAACUUCAACAUCUGGAAUAAAGGAGAUUUUCCACUGAGGAUAGGUCAUAUCCAGUACAUGUCCACAGUCAUCAAAGACAACAGGAAACAGUUCAGGAAGAAAUAUGGAGUCCAGUUCUUUCUUGAUGCUGCUCGUCUCUAUUAUGGGAGGAACAGCAACAAAGAGGGUGAUCUGAGCGAAGACGACAUCCGCACCAUCAGAGCCUCUCUUUAUGGACUCAUUAAGUACUACAUUGGAAAAGGCAUGUCCCAGGAUGAGAUGCACAGCAUGCUGGGAUACAUCGCUGCUAUCGGGGAUGAAGAACAGUUGUGUGGACUACUGGAGCUGUUACUGAGCCUCCUUCAGACGAGUCCUUCUCGGGAUCAGCUCUUCCUGCUCCUGUUUGAGCCGAGUGCUGCAGACUCCUGCUACGCUCUGCUCCUCAACCACAAACACUCAGACAGACUCAGGGAGCUGGUCUUCAAGUUGUUUGAGCGAAUGCUGCGCUGUGACCGUGUUUAUGAGAAAAACAAACAGAGGCUGAGGCUGAGGGAGGCGGGAUACUCCGGCCUCUCGCUCCUCUUCUCCGACCUCCACAUCACUCCCAGCCUGAUCCGAUGUCUCCUCAACCAGAUCCUACACACAGAUCAUAAUGUGAACUACAAAGACCUGAUGGCUCUGGUCCAGCUCACUCACCGAGCAGGUCCUAGUGUCCGCCUGUUCGUCUGCAAAAGGGUGCACCAGCUGCUCCAGUCCUCCCAGGAUGCAGCAGUUCAGAUGGCCAGACAGCAGUGUUGGCAGGACACUUUGAUGCGCUUAUAUCUGCGAGGAGACGGAUCUUUAAAUCUGAAAAACGCAGACUCUGUUAGCACGUGUAGCUUGGAAUUGAGCCGAAACUCCAACUCAAACCGCUUGGAGUUACCUCUUGAAAGAAGGACUCGAACUGGAAGCAACAGCAGAUUGGACAGACUUGAAGAUGAUAGAAUAAGCAUAGGAGACACCAGAUCUGUUGAUAGUUUAGAAAAUGAUGUUAUUUCGCUUUUGGAUACGCCGUCUUCGUCUGCGUCCACCGAACCACACAUCCAGACAAAGCCGUGGAUUGUGGGGAAGUCAGGGGGGUUGACACUGGACUUAUCCCACAUUCAGGGCUUCGAAGCUGGGGAGAGCGGGACGCAGACCCCCGGGAGCAUGCCCAGUACGCCGUCGCCCAUCGAAACGUCCAAACCUUUUCCGGGAAAUUCCAGUGAAAAAGAUCCAAACUCCUCCCUGAACGAAGACAGCUUUCUCUUCAGUGAUAAUAUUUCCCUGGGGGAGUCUUACAACAACACUGAGCGCGCAGAGGAGGAGUUGUGUUCGAUGCUGUUGGAGAUCGUCCUGUGUGUGAUGUGGAGAGGAGUGGAAGGCUCUGAUGACGCAGCCUGGUUAGAGCGAGGACAGGUUUUCUCUGCUCUUACCAAACUGGGAACAGCCAACGAACUUUUGCAGCCCGUCGACCAAAUAAAACUCGGCCUGAUGGAGCGCAUGUUGGAGUGGGCUGUGGGGGAUAAUCGUGAGGCGUCUGCGGCCUCUUUACCUCAGCACACAGAGAACGCUGUGCGCCUCCUACACCUGGUCCAGGACUUCCUCCAGGCCGAGGGGCUCAUAAACCCGGCUCUGUGGACGGAGAGGGUCUUGGAGGAGACGGUCACGCUCAUGGACAGUCUCAUGGUCUGGUACUCGGCCGGGACUCAGUGGUUUCAGCUGUCGCAGGUCGGACUCAGGCUCCUGCUCGGGUUCAUGGCACAAGAGGACACUGAUGUGUGUGCGAUGGCGACUGCUAAACUCAACGGUAUCCUCCAAACCAAAGAGAUCUCGAGUCAGGACGAGGCCUGUUACCUCCUGGGCAAAGUGGAGGGCAUCCUGAGACGUGCCAUCCAGGAGAAAACCGAAGAGACUUACUCUUUUCUGGUUCCGCUUUUACGAACUCUUCUGUCCAAAGUCCAUCGUCUCCUGUACAUGGAGCUGCACCUGCCCCAGCUCCCAGACACCAACGGCAGCCCGUCUUUCUUCGAGGACUUCAGGCUCUACUGUAGCUCUCCUGAAUGGCGCGUUUACCUCGAUAAAUAUAUUAUUCCCUACAUGAAGCAGUACGAGAUAGAAACUUUUAGCCAAGGUCACGAAACGAUGGCCCUCUACUGGAAGGAAUGCUACGAGACUUUUAUGGUCAGUCUGCACAAGAGAGAGAGGGAGAGAGGAGAGAGCAAGAUCCGAUUCCAGGAGCAGUUCGUGGAGCCAUUCUCACGACGCAGCCGCCAAGAAAACCUGAGAUACAACAGCAUGCUAAAGCUGCAGCACAGCCAGAACAGCGCCACCCUCAGGCAGUGGAAGGCAGCGCGCAGAGGCCUGGUCUGUGAGAGAGGGCCAUGGGCUGACAGGCAACAGGACGAAAUGCACUGGCGAGUGUCCAGUGCGGAGAACUUCUCACGGAUGAGACUGAAGCUGGUUCGAAACUAUCACUUUGACCCACACAAAGAGGCCAGCGCACUCCGAGAUAAUCUAGGUGUCCAUCAACAGCGCGUAAAUCCCGAUUCUAUCCUCCUGGAGGCAGUGAAGCAGGUCAAAGUGAGCGAUUUGGAAGACGAUAUUUUGGAGCUGCCUGAAGAGGAUCCCACCACUGCCAACAACCAAGCUGAGCUGGAGGAGGCCAGUCAGAAGGAGAAGCUGGUUCUGUGGGAGGACUGUGAGCUGGUGACGAUUGUGGACGUGGUCACGGGUCGACUGGAGCUCACGACACAACACAUCUACUUCUACGACAGCAGCCAGGAGAAAGAGGAGGGAGUGGGUCAUGAUUUUAAAUGGCCUCUGUCUCAGAUCAGGGAAGUUCAUUUACGGAGAUACAACCUGCGGCGUUCAGCUUUGGAAAUCUUUCUCAUCGACCAAACAAACUACUUCCUCAACUUCAAAAAAGAGGCGAGAAAUAAGGUGUACAGUCGGAUGCUGCUGCUGCGAUCGCUCAGUUUAUACGGGACCAGAUCUCCACAAGAGCUGCUCAAGGCAUCUGGGUUAACACAGAAAUGGGUGAACAGAGAGAUCUCCAACUUCGACUACCUGAUGCAGCUCAACACAAUCGCAGGCCGAACGUACAACGACCUCGCCCAGUACCCUGUCUUUCCAUGGAUACUCGCCGACUACACGUCAGAGGAGCUGGACCUGUCAGACCCUCGAGUUUUCAGAGAUCUUUCCAAACCGAUCGCUGUCGUCAAUGAACGCAACGCAAAAGCUGUGAGGGAAAAGUAUGAGAGUUUUGAAGACCCGACCGGCACCAUAGACCGGUUCCACUACGGGACUCACUAUUCAAACGCUGCUGGAGUCAUGCACUAUCUGAUCAGAGUGGAGCCCUUCACCUCUCUGCACAUACAACUGCAGAGCGGACGAUUUGACUGCGCUGAUCGACAGUUUCACUCCAUCCCUGGAACAUGGCAGACCCUUAUGGACAACCCCAACGAUGUGAAGGAACUUAUACCAGAGUUCUUCUACUUCCCAGAAUUCCUCGAAAACCAAAACGGUUUUGAUCUGGGUCGGCUUCAGAUCUCCAAAGAGAGGGUCAAUGAUGUUAUUUUACCGAAAUGGGCCAAGUCUCCCGAGGAUUUUAUCUACAAGCAUCGCAAAGCCCUGGAGUCGGAGUAUGUGUCUGCCCAUCUUCACGAGUGGAUCGAUCUGAUUUUUGGUUUCAAACAGAGAGGACCAGCGGCUGUGGAGGCGCUAAAUGUGUUUUACUACUGCACAUAUGAAGGAGCAGUGGAUCUCGAUGCUAUCACUGACGAAAAAGAGCGUAAAGCCGUGGAGGGAAUGAUCAGCAACUUUGGACAGACUCCGUGCCAAUUACUCAAGGAGCCCCAUCCUGUGCGUCUCUCUCAGGAGGAAGUGGAGAAGAGGAAGGCCCAGCUGGACUCCAGUCCCGUCAACAUGUUUGAACAAAUCGGCGACCUCAAAUCUUUCUUUGUUGAGGGCAUCAGUGACAAUGUCCCACUGGUCAAAGUUGUGGUGCCUAAAAACCAGUCCCACUCCUUCAUCACACAAGGAAGCCCAGACACUAUGGUUGCUGUGAGUCAGAACUGUAUGUUUGGGACACACGGCUGGCUUCCCUACAACAAAAACAUCUCCAACUAUUUCACUUUUAUCAAGGAUCCCACAGUCUCCAACCCAAAGACGCAGCGUUUCCUUUGUGGACCCUUUGCCCCCGGUGUGGAGGUGACUGCCGGGUUAUUUGUGGUUUCUCAUGACGGAAAACUCCUGUUCAGCGGAGGACACUGGGACAACAGCGUCAGGGUGACCUCUCUGGUCAAAGCCAAGACUGUGGGGCAGCACAUUAGACACAUGGAUAUCGUCACGUGCCUCUCGACAGAUCACUGUGGAAUCCAUCUGAUCUCAGGAUCCAGAGACACGACCUGUAUGGUGUGGCAGGUCCUUCAACAGGGGGGCGCUCCUGUAGGCCUCCAUCCCAAACCAGUGCAGGUGCUGUACGGUCACACAGACGAAGUGGUCAGUGUGAACAUCAGCACAGAACUGGACAUGGCCGUGUCUGGAUCCAAGGAUGGGACUGUAAUAAUCCACACGGUCCGUAGGGGGCAGUAUAUGCGUUGCCUCCGUCCUCCCUGUGACAGCUCUCUGCCCAUGUCCAUCCAGCACUUGGCCGUGUCCUGGGACGGUCACCUGCUCGUUCACACCUGUAUUGAGGGAAAAGCGUCUCUCAAGGAUAAAAACGCUCUGCAUCUGUACUCUGUGAACGGGAAGCACCUUCACUCGGAGCCUGUGAUGGAGCAGGUCACAGAUAUGUGUGUGUCCGGAGAGUUUGUGGUGAUCGGGAGUGAGCAGGGACACCUCUCCAUCAGGGACCUCUACAGUUUAUCUCUGUGUAUGGAACCUAUGGCGAUGCGAGUCCCCGUGCGCUGCGUCUCCGUCACCAAAGAGCAGAGCCACGUUUUGGUCGGACUCCAGGACGGAAAACUCAUCAUCAUCGGCGUGGGGCGUCCGGCCGAGAUGCGAUUCGGACAGAUCACCAGAAAACUCUGGGGCUCCAGCAAGAAAAUGAGCCAAAUAUCAUCGGGCGAGACUCUGUACAACACCCAAAAUGACCAGACUUGACCUUUGACCCCAGCGCUCCCACCUCCCGGCCUUCCCAAACCACAUUCCAGGAUCCUCCCUCUCAUCCACACCUGCCAGUCAUUCAGCAUUCACUCCCAGUAUUCCUUUAUACACAGACAGUAGAAAAUAGUAGACCAGUGAAUUAAAGCGAAAAUACAGGUAUGAGCAGAGGUGGGUAGAGUAGAGUAAUGCCACGCUGUUGAACAUUUUAACAAAGCAACGAUUUAUCCAUAAAAACAUACCCCAACCAGAAAAGUGACUUAGUGCGCAUUUAAUUAUGGUUCAGUCUUUUAAUAAUAGCCUAACUCUAAUCCUUAACCUUAAAGAGGGGCUAUUAUUGACUUACAAUUAACUUUUUGGAGCUUUCUACCAUGUUAUAAAGUUGUUUCCUCUUCAAAAAUACGCCUGAAGAGGGUUUUAGGUUACGUUUAUUUAUAUUUACUGAAACGAAUCACCGUAUCACCAUAUCGGAAGCAAUUUGCGUCCAGACACGUCGUUUCUGUGUCUGCAAUCAAAGCCUUCCCUAUCCACACAGCUUUGAGCAUAUUUGUUUACAUUUUACAGAAAGGAAACGUAAAACCGCAUGGCUAAUUUUUAUAAACUAAGCACUCAAAAAACAGGUCACUAUUGUGCGCUGAUGCGGUUCAGCUUCUGUCAGAAUAAAGGACAAGACUCAGCUGACUAUGAGUGUUCUUUCUGUGACAGAGGGGUGUUCUGCUGAUGGUGAGUCUGUUCUGUGCUUCUAUCGUGUUGGAGAUGGUUCAUGUUAAACUUUUCAGAGAUUAUACGUCUGCAGGUCGUACGCACAGACCGUAUAUAUGAAUGGACAUAUAUUCUAGCCUCUUAGCGUUUUGGCGGUGAAUUACUUCGCGGCGUAUAGACCUACAUCAGCGUAUCAGUGUUUUCAGGUGUCCACACAGUGCUGGAUCAGAUCUGUAAUCAGAUGAAUACAUGGGAGCUGGCGGCACCAGAUUGUUCCAUCUCUGGAGUCGUUUUCCAUCGGAUUACUGUGAACGAAGACUGCAUCCACAACAAAAACAACUCAAAUAAUGUACUAGUGUGGAAUGGAUGGGGCCUUAAAUGUCAUCUAUGUAUGUUUGAGUAAUCCAGCGAUCUCUCCUGGGCCCUAUCCAAACCCUCUUUACGAUUAGCUGUAAGAUUUUGUCCAAUGCUCAGCUCACAAACCUACGUCACCCAUGCUCCCACACGGCAAUUCUCCGUAAAUAUACAAAAACAUGAUACAAAAAAACUACAACUUCACAAACCUGACAGUUUUUUAGGAGAAAUAUAUCACUUUAAAAACAAUAAAAGGUAACAUGGUAAUCUAAAUGUUAUAUUAUGUGUUAUAAUUUGAGAUUAAUGUAACUCAAAAGACAAAACAUUAAAGUAUAUACAACAUUUUCAAAGGAUAGACACUAAAGAAAACCUUUAAGAGUAUAAGAGUACUGUUACAUUGUUAAAAUACUCAAGUAAAAAUAUCAAGUAUUGUCUGAAAAUGACUUUAGACUGACUUACCAAUUGUAUUAAAAAGUUACCAAAGUAAACAUUUAACUUAGCUCUACCCACCUCUGUCUAGUAUUAAGAAACAUUCAAUUUGUUGUUUUCAAAAUCUGCAAAUUGUACCCAAAUUUUUCCAUAAAAUAUUAUAAAAUUGUAUAAAAUGUAAUAUCUGAAACUCAGCAAUUUGAAGAUUAACUGACUUGACAAUCCUGAAAGCUUUUGUAUGCCAGAUGCCCUACCCGACUCACUCUAAUUAUCAUUUUUUAACCUCUGAACAUAACCGGGAUUUGAAGUACUUUUAAAGAAACAAAUGUAUUAACUUAGUAUUGGUGUAGGUGUUGUUAGUCCUUACGAUGUCUAAACUGGUCCACUAUUUUUCUACAUGGUCUUUUCUAUAUUAAAACACUACUUCAGAUUGGUUUUUACGGUGCUGGCGCUUAAAUCUCAAUCUAAAGUAGCCCCCGAACCACUUUAAAACACCACUACGACUUUAUUUUCGAUCAUUCUCAUUUUAUAAUCAGCCGAAAUGUUCACCAACGCAUCGCUGGUUCUCUUAGGAAUUCUCGAUCGCUAGCGUGUGUGACACCUCUGUAUGUGUUUUUCGAAUGUUUUUCCAUGCUUUAAAGGUGUACUGCGUAACUUUUCUGGGGUUUGGGUGGGUUUGUCUCCAUGGGGAUGUGUGCGCUUUGUCUGGAAUGUUCCACGGUAUGGCAUUACACUAAACUAAUCUUGCUUUUUUUCAAUUACAGGUGUUGCUUUUGCUAAACAUCGAAAAACAUGCAUUUUUUCAAGGAGAUUGAGAAGUUUAAUGCCAUAUUUUGGAACAUUCUGUGGAACACUACAGGGGAAAGCAUUCUGACGAAAAAGUUACGCAGUGCAGCUUUAAAUAUAGUUUUAAGUGGCCUUUUUUUGGCUUGUUCAGACCACGCCUUAUGCAGUAACACCAGAUCAAUGCUACCACUUACAAGACCAAACACUAUGCCGAAGUUUUUAUACAUUUGUUAAUAUUGUGAAUGUCUUUUUUUAUGUUAUUUUUUUCUUUGCAUGUUUGUAGAAAAUUCACGUUGAGAAUGCAGUCUGUUUCGUCAUGUUUUAAAACCCUAACACUACUUUUUUUUUUACAGUUUCAGCCUCAAAUCAGUCUCGUCUUUCGAAUCCCUGUCUUUACUGAAUAUCUAAGUUACUUGAAGACGUUUUAUUUAUAACUAAGUAGCAGUUUUAAUCAUAUUUUCCCUUAGUUUUCCAUGUUAUUUAACUUUGACUGUUUUGAAAUCCAUAAAAUGAAGACAGAAAAUUCGCUGAAGGGCUAUCCAAGCUAAGCAAUACAAGUCAGUGCUUUCUUCCUAGUCCCAAAACGCCAUAUUAUUUGGGUUUACUAGUCUUCCCUUAACUUAAAUUGGGACUUUAUAAUCUAUUUAAUUCAACUACUUUUCGUUCCAGCUAAUUACAUUUAAUAAUUUUGUAAACGUAGAUUUUUUUUGUUAUUUUUGUUAAGACCUUUAUCUUCCCAAAUCAGUGCGUAGAUGCCAUAGUUGUUGAUUAUAUAAGGGGCAAACUGUGGAACGUUCUAGGCAAAGCUACAUCUCCACGGAGACGACCGGAAAAGUGACACGGUGCGACUUUUAAGCAUUUUUACAGCCAAAUAUUUUUCAGCAUAAGUCAAGUUUCUGUUUUGAAGUGUAAAUUCUCGGGCUUCUGCAAUGCUGGUGGUUUCUUAAGGUAAAGAUUUGACCUAAAAAUAUCUAAAUAAUAAUAAUGAUCAUUCAAAAAACACAAAACUAUAUUACUUUGAGAAAUCAUUUUGUGUCUUUACAAUGUUUUUUCAUGUUCAUUACA